AUGGUAACACGGGAGGCUGCUCUGGCCUUCGCUCUCCUAUGCUGUAUAUUGGGGAUCUAUCAGUUGAUGGUUUUCAAUGCUAUGGCUGGUGAUGACGGAAAGGCUGUCAGGUAUUUCCGAAUUAUUGCAACGGAGACUUCAGUCGAUCUUUCGGAGGAAUAUAUGCAGUUAUUGAACGGAACGCUCACUGCCAAUGACACGCUUAAUGAGAACGAGGUUGAAUCACUCAAGGAGAUACCCUAUCUCGCAUCAAGAAAAACAAAAAUUGAUGCUAUACUUAAACAAUUGCGUUCCGAGGUUGAGAUCGCCAAAGACAAGUUGACAAAGGAAACGAACAAGUUGUUGUCUUUGAAAAAUGAUGUUCAAAUAUUAAGAAAUGAGAUGUCCAAGAUGGAGGAAAUCAUGAAAGAAAUAAACGAAGACGAAUAA